CGCCUAUCGACAGGCCCCGCCCCGGCCCCGCCCCCGCGCCUGGCCCCGCCCGCCGUGGGGGCACCUGGGAAGAGGCGGAGAACAAUAUGGCGGAUGGCGAGGAGCCGGAGAAGAAAAGAAGGAGAAUAGAGGAGCUGCUGGCUGAGAAAAUGGCUGUUGAUGGUGGGUGUGGGGACACUGGAGACUGGGACGGUCGCUGGAACCAUGUAAAGAAGUUCCUCGAGCGAUCUGGACCCUUCACACACCCUGAUUUCGAACCCAGCACUGAAUCUCUCCAGUUUUUGUUAGAUACAUGUAAAGUUCUAGUCAUUGGAGCUGGCGGCUUAGGAUGUGAGCUCCUGAAAAAUCUGGCUUUGUCUGGUUUUAGACAGAUUCAUGUUAUAGACAUGGACACUAUAGAUGUUUCCAAUUUAAAUAGGCAGUUUUUAUUUAGGCCUAAAGAUGUUGGAAGACCGAAAGCUGAAGUUGCUGCAGAAUUUCUAAAUGACAGAGUUCCUAAUUGCACUGUAAUUCCACAUUUCAACAAGAUCCAGGAUUUUAAUGACACGUUUUAUCGACAAUUUCAUAUAAUUGUAUGUGGACUGGACUCUAUCAUAGCCAGAAGAUGGAUUAAUGGCAUGCUGAUAUCUCUUCUCAAUUAUGAAGAUGGUGUAUUAGAUCCAAGCUCCAUUGUCCCUUUGAUAGAUGGGGGGACAGAAGGUUUUAAAGGAAAUGCCCGGGUAAUUCUGCCUGGAAUGACUGCUUGCAUUGAAUGCACACUGGAGCUGUAUCCGCCACAGGUUAAUUUUCCCAUGUGCACCAUUGCAUCGAUGCCCAGGCUGCCGGAACACUGUAUUGAGUAUGUCAGGCUGCUGCUGUGGCCAAAGGAGCAUCCUUUCGGAGAAGGGGUUCCGUUAGAUGGAGAUGAUCCUGAUCACAUUCAGUGGAUUUUCCAAAAAUCCCUAGAGAGAGCAUCACACUAUAACAUUAGGGGUGUUACUUAUAGACUCACUCAAGGGGUAGUAAAACGAAUCAUUCCUGCAGUAGCUUCCACAAAUGCAGUCAUUGCAGCUGUGUGUGCCACUGAAGUUUUUAAAAUAGCCACAAGCGCAUAUAUCCCCCUUAAUAAUUACUUGGUAUUCAAUGAUGUAGAUGGACUGUACACAUACACAUUUGAAGCAGAGAGAAAGGAAAAUUGUCCAGCUUGUAGCCAGCUUCCACAAAAUAUUCAGUUUUCUCCAUCAGCAAAACUACAGGAGGUUUUGGAUUAUCUAAUCAAUAGUGCUUCUCUACAGAUGAAAUCUCCAGCCAUCACAGCAACAUUAGAGGGGAAAAAUAGAACCCUUUAUUUACAGUCAGUAACCUCUAUUGAAGAACGAACAAGGCCAAAUCUCUCCAAAACAUUGAAAGAAUUGGGACUUGUUGAUGGACAAGAAUUGGCAGUUGCUGAUGUUACCACACCACAGACAGUACUAUUCAAGCUUCAUUUUACUUCUUAAGGAAAAUAAAUCUGCACAUAAUAUUAAAUGUAUGGAAAUACUAUACUUUGUGGAUGCUAAGAAAAUUAUUUUUAGCAUUAGUAUUGCUGAAAUUUGACAUUUUUUCUUUUUAAAUGUAAUGAGCCACUCUUUUUUUAAUAACUUUCCCUUGAAGACAGAGUUUGGGGUUGGUGCUUGUAAGCAUUUUCAUUAAUAAUAUGGGAAGUGAUGCUUAGAGAUUAUGAGCAAAAAAUGUAUAGGUUCUUCUAGAGGAGACAAACACCCUCUUGUGUGUGGAUUUUGUUAUUAUGGUCAGAGUGCAUUCCUCAGUUUUCAUUCGGGCACCCACAUGUACAAAAGAUGUCCCUUUAAAGAAAAUAAGAAAAUUAAGAUCCAGAUAACAUUAAAUGUUACAACUUGACAUCUGGUGCAUAUUGAACAUAGUCUGUAUCUUGCUUGUUUUAAUAUUCAUUUAAUCGUGGCUGUUCAAAUGAAUAUUAACUUUUGCAAAGGUUACCUUGCCCAUGAUAAUUUGUAAAUGGUGUUAGAGCUGAAUACCUGUGCAUGGAAAUGAGAAAUAUUUUCAUGUGUUUAUUUGAGGUGCCAUAGAAGCCAGUAUAUGCAACAUUAAAGUCAAGACAUGGUUGUUUAAAAGAAAAGUUAUCAUUGAUGCUUUCACACUAUUUAUUAAUAAAAUCAUAUGUUGUCUA